AUGUCUCACAUAGUUGAGAAAGGCAGUUACACUGAAAAAGACGCAAGUGCACUUAUCUGUCAAAUCUUGGAUCCAGUUGAUUAUAUGCAUUGUCAAAACGUUGAUUAUACGCAUUGUCACGGUGUUGUUCGCCGAGACUUGAAACUUGGUAAUUUAAUUUGCUGCAAUCAAGAUUCUGAUUCAAAGAUAAUGAUCAGUUAUUUUAGACUUUCCAAGGUGAAAGAUUCAGGUGUAAUGGCCAAAGCAUGUUGUACCUCCGGUUACUUUGCACCCGAAGUAUUAUCUCGAAAACCGUAUGGAAAAGCAGUCGAUGUUUGGUCAAUUGGGGUCAUUGCAUACAUACUUCUGUGUGGUUAUCCGCCUUUUUAUGAUGAAAAUGAUGCCAAUCUUUUUGCUCAGAUUGUUAAAGGUGACUCUGAAUUUGAUUCACCUUAUUGGGAUGACAUUUUCACUUAUGCUAAAGGCUUUGUUUCUCACCUAAUUUGCGUUAAUCCCAACAAAAGGUACACAUGUGCAUAAGCUCUUGCUCAUCCAUUGUAA